CAGCAGAUGUACGUGCGGGUAAAUAUCGUCGUGCUGCCCGUCUGUCUAGAAGAUGUCGCAUUCCGCCAAUAUUCGAGGCCUGACCUAUGUUACGCCGCGUCAGCGCGCGAUCGAAGGGACCUACUCCCGGCAGUUAUCCACGGCAGCGAGAGGGUGCGCCGAGAUCAUAAAGUGCUGCCCUUUCGCGUCUUAUCCAAGCCCUCCCCCAGUUCAUGCCGCCGAUCAACACAUCACACCCAUACAAUAACUCAUCAACAGGAGAGACGAGUCUGCAACAAUGUUCGCCUACUACCUCUCUUCGACCAUCCUCCUGCUCCUCCCCUUGGGGUCCCUCUCCGCCGCUCUACCCGAGCUCCUCUCACCGCGCGCCGUGUCGCCUAACAAGACCUGCGGCCCGUCCAACUCGGGCUACACGUGCCCCGCCGACGCGGCCUGCUGCUCGCAGUACGGCUACUGCGGCUCGACCGAGCCCUUCUGCCUGACCACGGCCAACUGCCAGGCGCGCUACUCCAACUCGUCGGCCGCCUGCUACGCGCCCCGGCCCGGCGUCAGUAUCUCCAUCGACGGCACCUGUGGGAACACGGGGGCCGGCAAGAAUGGCUAUCGCUGUCCCGGCAAUGCGACUGCGCUCAGUUGCUGCUCUGCUGCGGGGUACUGCGGGACUACCAGCGAUCAUUGCGAUACCGGGAAGGGAUGUCAGUCGGGCUUCGGCAACUGCACUGGGACUAGGACCUCUCGGGACUUGUUUGGGGUAGAGGUUGAGCUGUCGUCUUAGACAGUGCCAGCCUAUAACGGGAGGGAAAACAUGAAUCGGAUGGUAGCCAUGAACGAAAUGAGAU